CGACGACUUCUUUUUUUUUGUCUUUUUUCUAUUAUAUUUUUAACAUACUACCAAAUAAAGAAGGCAUUUCUUUUCUUUUGACUUAUGGAUAGGUAUUCGCGUGGAUACGACGAACGCUAUAGAAGCUAUUAUGACCGACCUCGAUCGGACACUUAUCGACCAGGUGAAAAUUAUCGAUCUGAACGAGAUUACAGGGACGGUGGUGGACGCAGUUACUCGCCGAAUUCCCAUUACCAUUCAUCAUCGCGAUCGCCUGGGCAUGGAGGAAUGGGAGGUAGAAGCAGUAGUGGAAAUCGAGGGGAUUCUUAUUCAAAAGACCAUCGUUAUGGAAACUCUGACUCGAGAAGUUAUGCGCAUUACUCGUCUCGUGGUCCUUCUCCUUCACGGUCGUCUUCCGAUUCUCCUCGGCGAUCAUCCUAUGCGUACUAUUCACACCGUCAAUCGAACACAUCUGGAACUACUUACCCUUAUCCUUCUCGACGCUCGCCGUCAAUAGAAAAUAACCGCCGAGAAUCAUAUGACCACAGACCAACUUAUUCUCGCCGAUCUCCUUCUACAGAAAGUACACGGAGGGAGUCUUAUGACCACCGACAAUCUUAUUCCACGGGUGCGUCUAAUACAUCAUACCCACCUUAUAUGUCAAGCCAUUACUACAGAGACAGCCAUAGUUCGGGAUCACACUAUCCUUCAUCAUAUACUCCCUCAAGGAGACACUAUACUGGCCACCCUCAUUCUUCUUUUACUUCGCCUACGUCUCAUAACGCUGAUGAAGAUUCAAGUCUCAGAUCAAAUAAGAAUCCUUCAUCCUCUUCAAACACAAACACC